CUAUCGAUAUCUAUCAAUGUCCGCCUAUUUGUUGUCACCUUAUCUCUCUGACGAAAGGUGACGUGUAUUCCGUCUGUUAUGCGUACGAACAUUUAUUCGUGAUUUAAUACUGUCAUUCUGUCAUUGAUUCUACAUUGCGCGAAACAUGUUAAAAUACGGGAGUAUCUUCGUUAUUUUUUUAUGCAUUCUUAAAUUCGGAACCGGUUUGUAUUUCCACAUUGGCGAGACGGAGCGAAAAUGCUUCAUCGAGGAGAUUCCCGAUGAUACUACUGUCUUAGUCAAUUACAAAGUGGAACUUUAUGAUCCAAGAAGCGGGGGUUUUAUGCCGAGUAGUCCUGGCAUUGGUAUGCAUGUCGAAGUAAAAGAUCCUGACGACAAGCCUAUUCUCUCAAGAGUUUACAGUUCAGAGGGUCGAAUUUCCUUCACUUCGCACACACCAGGAGAACAUGUCAUUUGCUUAUAUUCGAACAGUACCUCAUGGUUCAGCGGUACUCAAUUGAGAGUACAUCUGGAUAUUCAAGUAGGAGAACACGCAAUUGAUUAUGCCAAUGUGGCACAGAAGGAAAAGUUAUCAGAGCUUCAAUUAAGAAUACGUCAACUUUUGGAUCAAGUUGGACAAAUAACUAAAGAACAAAAUUAUCAAAGGUAUCGGGAAGAGCGCUUUAGGCAAACCUCAGAAAGCACUCAUCGUCGUGUAUUUUGGUGGUCUUUGACUCAAACGGUAGUUGUCCUAAUUAUGGGCGCGUGGCAAAUGAGGCAUCUGAAGAGCUUUUUUGAAGCAAAGAAACUAGUUUAAUUGUUGCAGCAAAACAUUAAACUUAUCAACAAGAA